CACCAACAUGCCCUUCAGGUCUUCACACUUCUGGCGGUAGCGCUAGCAGCCUGCUGCCGGCGGCGGCGCCACCAGCCGAGCGGCCGGCGCGUGUUGGGGAGAGCAGAAGACCGAGGAGGAGCGGCCGCCGCGCUGGGUCGCCGUCGCGCCGUCACUCCCCUACGACUGAGGGCUGACAAGAGAGAGAGGGAUCUGGGGGAGGAGAGGAAAUAUUAGGCUACGGUUAGAAUAGAUGGGCCUGAAAGUUGUUGUGUGGCCUGAAAGUUGCGGAUUAUCCGCCAAAUACUAUAUCGGAUAAUCCGAUUAAAAAAUUGGAUAAUCCGUAUCCGUCGGAUAUCGUUGAUACCAUAUCCGCAUCCGUAUCCGGCCGAAUAUCUAACAACCCUUACCAUAUCCUCACAUCGGAUGGAUUCGGAGCAGAUCGGAUCGGAUAAUAUCCGCUCUGUUUUCACCCCUACUGGUAUUUACUACGCUUACAUGUUGAGCUAUCAGAUUAUAAACCCGUGCUAGCAUGCCCACAGACUUAUCAGGUAUAGAACGGUCGCCCUGAAAGUCUGAAACCAUGGGAGCUGUGGUUUUUUGGCCGAUCCCAGACCAGCAUCAAUACUCCCAAAGUCCCAUACUCCAGAGGAGGCAGGCACCCACAGAACUUUCGUUGCCGACUGCGGCUGCAACCGGAAUGUAGCCGGCCUGUGUGCUACUUCCAGCCACAAGCAGAGGCCGCGACAUUAAUCUCACAGGAAAUCUAGUCGUCUAGUAACUCUACUGCCAAAUCUUGAUAUCUUGAAAGCUUUCAAUUCAGCUUGCAAUAUAUCAAUACCUGUUCCCCUUUCCUAAUUCCUACCCUUCCUCCUCGUGCUACAGCCCUGCCGUUCUUUGGGAUGAUGAUGAUGGUGAGAUUGCCUGCUAUGUUCGUGAUCUGCAUCUUGGCUGUUCCGCUGCUGCCAGCGCUCGGCUCGGAGCCGCCGUCGACACCGGUGCCGACCGUUGGCGUGACGGCGGCGAGCCACCUCGUCGGCUCCGGUGGCCACAGCUACUUGGACGUCAGGACAGAAGAGGAAUUCAAGAAGGGACAUGUGGAGAAUUCUCUUAAUGUGCCAUUCCUCUUCUUUACCCCUCAAGGGAAGGAAAAGAACACAAAGUUCAUAGAGCAGGUGGCAUUGCAUUAUGAUAAGGAGGACAACAUAAUUGUGGGUUGCCUAAGUGGAGUAAGAUCUGAACUAGCAUCUGCCGAUCUCAUAGCAGCCGUUCUUGGAUACUGUGACUGUGACCAUCGUACAAUCAAAUCGAUAUAAAAACACUAAUGUUAAUAGUAAAUUAGAAUUGAACGAAAUGCACGCGAAGUUAGCGUAGGCCAUGAGAGAUGGAUUGUGGUUUCUCACAUAAUAAAGAGUUAAUUUAAUCCAUGCCAUUAUAAUCAGCAGCACCUCUUAAACAGUUUGGUAAAGGAAUAAGUUCAUUUUACACCCAGCUUUAAAAUGGCUUAUUUAACAUAUUUGUGUUAUGUAGUACUCCCUCUGAUCAAGAUUACAUGACGUUUCCGACAGCCAAAACCUAUUAAGCGCAAUUCAUUUUGUUUGUUCAAAGCAUCAAAUAAUAUCGUCCGGAGGUAGUACUAUGACAAACAUACCUUGGAGAAAAUUUCCUACUUGUAUUAAUAAAGGAGGAACUUGAGUGUGUAUUUACAAGGUAUGCCCAGGACACGUGCACAAAAAUACUGUUCUCACAAAGUCUGCUUCUUGGUCGCUGCCACUACUCUCUCUGUGAUAUCCACAUUUUUUUUCUGAAAGAAUAAAUUAGGGUGCACAUAAGCUUUCAUAUUUAACAGUCCCCUUUUUCA